ACAUAUCGUUUACGUAAAUUCACUUAGUAAUAUAAAAUGACAGUCUUUUAAUCAAUUCUGAUGUAAUAUAUAAAAACAAAUUGUGUAUAUGUACAUUUAAUAGAGAUAUAUCAAUUGAUAUUUGAUAUUUAGUUUAAAUAUAUAGCACAAAAUGAUUACCGAUGAGAAGUUAUUUUUUACGAAAACAGUUCAACAUUUGGCGAGAUCGUUGGCUGGAAUAAAACCUACACCAUGGGAAAAGGUGAAUCGACUAUUCAAAUUAUGUCCUCAAGAAUCAGCACAAGGUGUGUUUCGCAUCGACCAGCGAGGUCAGGAUGCAGUAAUAGCUCUUGGUAUAUAUUUCCUGGAGUCUGGACUGCAGCACAGAGAUCGAAUUUUGCCUUACUUACUUCGUCUUUUGCGUGGAUUACCUAAAAUAGUAUGUCUCGAUGAAAUAAGAGUAACUCCUGGUGAACGUAUACCAGUAACUGAGAGAUUCAGCUUCUGCUUGAACACAUUGCUGAGCGACGUUGCUGCGAGAUGUGAUCCUGUUUGUGAAGAAAUAAUAUCCACCCAAGUAGAACUGCUUGCUGCGCUGACGAAUCUGAUUCGUGGAUGCAAAGACCAAAAUGGAUCCAGAGGAAUGCAAGCUAAGAUAUCGCUUUGUAAAUGUCUAGUGCCAAUUUUGAUUGGAUUGGCGCGGGCAAUGGGUCGAUUUGCGUGUGUAGACCCUCCGUUACUUUGUAGAAUUUUCCCACCGCGUGGUCUACCUGUAAAUCCAUCCUGUAAUGAAUCACCUCCUAACAAACGGCAUUUAAGUUUCACUAAUUUUCGUCCCAUCAUACCGCGAUCUCUCAGUGGUAAUUUGAACUCACAUUUGACGAUUGACAACGCCCAAGUUGCGUUGUCUAUACCUGAUGACUAUCAAGCAGGCAAAAAACCUUCAUUGCAGUCUUAUUUGUCGGUGCCGUAUGAUCCUUCGACGUACUUCUUUACUCGUUAUGGAUCCAGCUUCAACCAAUUUCCUCAAAUGCGGUGUAACGAAAGUCCUGAAAAACGUACUGGGUUGUUGUUUGGCAUUGUUCAUUUGCAGAGCGUACUAGCACUUGCUAAGAAACUUUUGACUAAAGAUACACUUGAUUUUCUAGAUGAAGAAGCACAACAGGUUUAUCAUUCUGGACAAGUACAAAUAUUUCCCUACCGGUCAUUCAGCGAAACGAUGAAUCUCGUAAUGGUUGCUCUUUUGCGUGAACUUUUGCAAAACCAACGCGAUUUACCAGCACCAUUCACUAAAGAUGUACAAGAAUUUGUCAAGGGUCUUUUUCUAUCAGGACAAACUGAGCUUCAAUCUCGCCAGCAUGAUGCAAGUGAACGUGAGGAUUAUGAUACUAAUUUCCGGAUUGUCAAUCGAUUCAAAGUUAAUGUUAUGGCCAACUCUGCCUGUGUUGAUUUACUCGUUUGGGCUAUUGGUGAUGAAACCGGUGCUGAUAGCCUUUGCAGCCGGCUAACAGAGAAAAUAAAUUCAAACCAUGGGCCGACAUUAGUACUAGCACACAUGCCUUUGCUGAUGGUGUGUCUCGAAGGUCUUGGAAAAUUAGCCCAAAAAUUUCCCAACAUCGCAAUCACUUCUACGUACAAUCUUCGGGACUUUCUUAUGAAUCCAUCACCGAUUCUCGUUAAAUUAAAUGUACAAGUAAACGAGAAGCAAGCCAAAGACAAUCAGUUCCGAGCAGUAGUUCAAGGUAAAGAAUUAGAAGAUUUGAAAGAAACAAUAUCGCCAUCACAAGCUGCCUUUGAGAAACUACGAGAUGCAGCCAUUGGUAAUCUAUGCAUCGCCUUAGAAGCUGCACAAUUAGUUUACCCGAAUUGUGUUCCUGCGUUAGUCAGCAGUGCGUCAACUCGACUGUGCAGUUUAGAAAAAAGUGACGGCUCUGAGCGUUUGACUAAUCAAUUAGUAGCGGAAAAUAUAAUGAUAAUGCUUGGUCACGUCGCUGUUGCGCUAAAAGAUACUCCCAAAACGACGAGCAGUAUUUUGUCGUUCUUCGAGCAGAGUUUUUGCCGUGAUCCAAGUUCUCUGGACAGCUUGAUCGUCGACCAACUCGGUUGCAUGAUAAUAGCAAAGUGUGAAGCCCGGAGUGAAAUAAUGAAAAUGUUCUCUGUAUCACUGGAGUCCAGUUGCGCAGCUUUUGCUACAAACGUCGAUCGAAAACAAUAUCGACAUGUAACUGGAGCUGUUACUAAUGCAUUGGCAAACAUAGCGGCUAAUUUGCAAGGCGAAGACGAACUAGACAAACUUCUGAAACGUCUGCUACAGCUGUUUGUAUCGAUGGGUCUAGAAGGCAAACGACAGAACGAUAAAAUGAUGACGACUGCAGUGACAACAACAAACUCCGUUAGUACUAUGACUAAAGAUACAAGUGUCGCUGGAAAUUUAGGUGCUCUUAUUCCUGUAAUAGCAAUUCUAGUACGCAGGUUACCACCAAUAAGACAACCAGAUCCACGAGUUUUGAAAUUAUUCAAAGAUUUCUGGCUGUACUGCGUGGUAUUUGGUUUUGUACCGGUAGAACCAAGUUCCACUAGAGUAUGGCCAACUGAAUGGUAUGAGGGAGUGAAGGAAAUUUCAAUAAAGUCUCCGUACUUAAUUGCCAAAACAAACGCUAAAUUGGAAAUGCGAGAACUGCAAUACACAUCGGCUGUACGAAAUGAAAGUGUAUCAAUAAGUGAGCUUCAGGAUUUACGUAAUCAGAUUCUAAGGAUGAGUAUAAGGUCAAGCGAUGUCGCGGCUUAUGUCGCUAAAAUGCAAUUUGCUCAGAUAACAUAUUUAUUAUCUGUAUAUUGGGUCGAGACACUGAGAGUCGGUAACAGUCCCGAUCCAAGUUUGCAACCAAUAAUGGAGUAUCUAAGUGAUUCAGAUUUACAAAAAGAUAAAAGCGGAAUGUGGCAAUGUAUAUGCAGCGUAGGUGAUUCAGUAUUUGCUAAAUUCAAAGAUGUGAUGCAAAAGAAACCAAAGGAUGAAAAACGUGAACGUGAACUUGAAAAUCAUGCACAAUUUCUUCUAGUCAAUUUCAAUCAUGUUCACAAACAAAUCAGACGUGUUGCUGAUAAAUAUUUAAGCGCGCUCGUCGAUGCUUUUCCUCAUCUUCUAUGGAACUGUCGAGUGCUCUGGAGUAUGCUGGAUAUAUUGCAGGUGCUGGCUUUUUCGCUUCAGUUGGAUCCUAAUGAAGAAACGCCGACACUUCACAUUCCCGGGACUCCUUACAAUAUUCAUUUGAUGGAUACAUUGGAAGCAAGGGCCAAAAUAGUCGACGACUUUGCCGCUAGAUGCAAAGAAAUAAUUCAAGAAGCCAUGAAAUGGGCUCCACACGCCGUGAGGUCACAUUUACAAGAGUAUAUCAACCAGAUUCCAUCCUCAGGAAUGUGGCAUCACACUGGGCUAGCUUUAGCGACGGAUUCUGUUCUAGAAUUCAUCGAUCUCGCUACACCUUCAACUGGACCCGGAAAUACUAACUCCUUGGACAAAAGACGAGACAACAAAAGUGCCAGUUCUUGGCUGCUAUCAAUGAUGUCCAGACGUUCGUGGUACGCCGGUGAAGUGACAGGAAUGCUGGCUCUUGCACGUGCAGAAUCUCCCAGCAACGAGACGUCUCCGGAUGAAGGUAGAAGUAUCGUAAUAGAACGUGUAAUUUCAGCAGUUCGUCACACUUGUCAAAGUCGCAACGACAAUUUGCAUCAAAGUGCUUUGUGGCGUGCAACUGCGCUGUUGAUUUCUAUGCCAGGACUUCACAGGAGAUUACUUCACGUAGUAGCCAGCUCACAGACCGAAUUAUUCACACACACAGCAAUGUUAACCGCUGUUGAAUGCUGGCAGUGGAUUUUAACAGCUCGGCCUGACUUAAAACUUCGUUUUCUUCAAGAAAUGCUAGCAGCUUGGCAGCACACCGUUGACAAAAAAAUGGGUCUAUUUUCCCCAGAAACAGACGAAGUCAAUCCUCUGGCAGUUUACGAAGGCUGUGAAUUGGCGCCUAACCCUCCUUAUGUAAAACCACAUGAAAUUUGGAUAACAUUUAUUAUUGAGUUGAUCGAAACAGCUAAAUACUGCUGCCAAGAAACAGUUGAAAUGAUCGCAAUGCUUUUACACCGUUCGUUACCCAUGACUGUUGGUACGGCAUCUUCUGGUCCAAAUUUGAAUCGACAGAUAGCUGCUGUUGGAGCUCGUUUCAAGCUACUUUGCUGUGGAUUAUUACUUCUCCAAGGUGACACGCUUUCGAAAUCUCUCAGCAAAAACGUUUUGCGUGAGCGAGUUUACUAUAAUUGCUUGGAUUACUUCUGCCGGGAGCGGCAAACUCCUACCCAAGAACCCGAACAAAUGCGUGAGGAUCUUGUCACAUUGAUGCGAUUCUGGCAAGUAAUGCAUAGCGACAAGAAGUACUUAAUGAUGACCGGAGAAGCAGACUUUGAAAUGCUGAUCGAACAGCAGACCAAUUUAGCCUCUAUAGAACCGGCUACGCCAAUGAAUUCAUUGACUCCCACGUCACGUGAUAUGAAACAGCAGUCGAGUACUUGGAUUAACACAGUUCCUUUGUCAUCCAGCAGCACCGCACUGGGGAAACGAAGCAAUCGAAGCAAAAGAAUCCUUCACGGUAACGUGAUUGUCAAAGAUUACAUAAAAAAGCGUAACUUGAUUCUAGAAUUACUGGCCGUUGAAAUAGAAUUGCUGGUUGUAUGGCAUAAUCCUGGUGGUAGAGCGGAAUUAAGUAUCCCAGGUGAAGCUUCUAUCGCUGAGUGGCGAGCUAAGUCAAUGAACGAACGCUGGCGAGACUGUACUCGUCUUGCUUGGGACAUCAGUCCAGUUUUAGCAGUUUUUCUUCCAGUUAGGCUGAAAAAUUCUGAUACUAUCAUCAAAGAAGUCUGUCGGUUGGUGAGACUCAAACCAGUGCCUGUUAUGCAUGUUCCUGAAGCUCUCCAGUAUCUUGUCACGACGGAUACUCUUUUGAAUGACGCUCCUGAGCUGGUUUAUAUGCUGACUUGGGCUCGGGUAUCGCCGAUUCAAGCACUCGCUUAUUUCUCACGUCAGUUUCCUCAUCACCCAAUCUCAGCACAGUACGCUGUAAGAGUUCUCAGCAGCUAUCCAGCUGAUGCUGUUCUAUUUUACAUUCCUCAGCUGGUGCAAGCUGUUCGACACGAUACUAUGGGAUACGUAAUAGAAUUUAUUAAAGCCAUUUCUAAGAGAUCGCAGGUGGUUGCGCAUCAACUGAUAUGGAAUAUGCACACCAACAUGUAUAUGGACGAGGACAAGCAAAUUAAAGAUCCGGAUCUUUUUGACACGCUUGAUGGAUUAGUCAAAUCUAUUCUGGGCUCAUUAUCGGGGCCAGCUAAACAGUUUUAUGAACGCGAGUUCGACUUCUUUGAGAAGAUUACAAAUAUUUCUGGAGAGAUAAGGAAUUAUCCGAAAGGGCCUGAAAGACGUGAAGCUUGUUUGAAGGCACUGCGUAAGAUAUCCGUUCAACCUGGAUGUUAUCUUCCGUCGAAUCCUGAAGCUAUGGUGAUUGAUAUUGAUUACAACAGCGGUAACCCUAUGCAGAGUGCGGCGAAAGCACCCUUCUUAGCAAGAUUCCGAGUCCAACGAUACGGAAUAAAAGAACUGGAAAAUAUCGCGAUGGCUGUGUCAGCAAACGCCAAAGUUGAAACAAAGUGUGCUGGAUUAGAGACAUGGCAAGCUGCUAUAUUCAAAGUUGGAGAUGAUGUUCGACAGGAUAUGCUGGCUCUUCAAGUUAUUAGUAUCUGCAAAAAUGUAUUCCAAAAAGUUGGAUUAAAUUUGUUCCUCUUUCCUUAUCGGGUAGUCGCUACUGCUCCAGGGUGUGGAGUGAUAGAAUGUGUACCUAAUGCCAAAUCAAGAGACCAAUUGGGACGUACAACAGACUUUGGGAUGUACGAAUACUUUUUAGCAAGAUACGGAUCUGAGACGAGUAAAGAGUUCCAAACAGCUCGCCGUAAUUUUAUAAAAUCAAUGGCUGCAUACAGUGUCAUUACUUAUUUGCUACAAAUAAAAGAUCGACACAAUGGAAAUAUUAUGUUGGAUGAUGAAGGUCAUAUUAUUCACAUUGAUUUUGGAUUCAUGUUUGAAAGUUCACCAGGAGGAAAUCUUGGAUUUGAACCUGAUAUAAAACUUACUGAUGAAAUGGUACUUGUGAUGGGUGGUAAAAUGGAAGCAGCUCCAUUCCGAUGGUUCAUGGAGCUCUGCGUCGAGGCAUUCUUAGCCAUCAGACCUUAUCAAGAAGCAAUUAUUUCUCUAGUCUCCCUUAUGUUGGACACCGGAUUACCCUGCUUUCGUGGUCAAACAAUAAAAUUACUACGCAGUCGUUUCGCACCUAUGGCUACUGAUCGUGAAGCUGCAAUAUUUAUGGUGAAUGUUAUACGCAACAGUUUCCUGAAUUUCCGUACCAAGACUUAUGACAUGAUACAGUAUUACCAAAAUCAAAUUCCAUAUUAAAUUAUUGUGUCUAAUUAUUGUUUUGGUGCCAAGCUGUUAAUUAAUCAAUUCAUUAAUGUAUAUAAUGUAUGUUAUCGCGGCGGGAAACGCGAUUUAUUUUAAAUUAAUGGGAUAUAUAUUCACUAUUAUUCAAAUAUUUAAAUUAUUUAACGUGUGAAUUAAAAAAAAUUAUAAUAUUUAUUAAUAUACUUUACAUUCCAUCUACCAAUAUCAAUUGUGUUUACAUAAUUGCAUUUUAUUUUUAAUUUAUUAAAUAUUGAUUGACUAUGUGCUAACUCAGUUUCAAUAAUUGUGAGAAUUGUUGA